AUGCCGGUGGGGAUGGCUCGGGAUCCAGAGGCAACUUGCUCAUCUUCAGAGGAGGAGGAAGAGGAGGAGGUUGUGGAUGGGCUGGAGGACCACCCGUGCAUCAAGUGGACUGGCGGCUGCCGGCGCAUCCCCAUCCUGGUGUUCCACGCGGAAGCCAUUCUCACCAACGACAGCUACCUCCGUCUUGUUGGAGAACGUUUUCACCUAUCCUAUAAGAUUGUGAGAACAGACAGCCGCCUGGUCCGGAGCAUUCUGACUGCCCAUGGCUUCCAUGAGGUUCACCCUAACAGCAGUGAUUAUAAUCUCAUGUGGACAGGAUCACACUUGAAGCCCUACUUGCUGCGUUCCCUUACAGAUAUUCAGAAAGUCAAUCACUUCCCGAGGUCUUAUGAACUGACAAGAAAAGAUAGACUGUACAAAAAUGUCAGUCGUAUGCAGCAGACCCACGGAUUCAAGACAUUCCACAUCUUACCGCAGACCUUUAUCCUCCCAGCAGAGUAUCAGGAAUUCUGCAAUACGUAUUCUAAAGACAAGGGCCCAUGGAUAGUGAAGCCUGUGGCCUCUUCCAGGGGUCGAGGUGUUUACCUGAUCAACAAUCCAAGCCAGAUUGUCCUGGAAGAAAACAUCUUGGUUUCUCGUUACAUCAGCAACCCCCUGCUCAUAGAUGAUUUCAAAUUUGAUGUGCGCCUGUAUGUCCUGGUUACAUCCUAUGAUCCACUGGUCAUUUAUCUCUACGAGGAAGGAUUGGCCAGGUUUGCAACUGUGAGGUAUGACCAGACAUCCAAGAACAUUAAAAAUCAGUUUAUGCAUCUGACCAACUACAGUGUCAACAAGAAGAGUGGAGAUUAUGUCAGCUGUGACGAUCCUGAAGUAGAGGAUUAUGGAAACAAGUGGAGCAUGAGUGCAAUGCUGAGGUACUUAAAACAAGAGGGGAGAGACACUGCAGCAUUGAUGGCCAGCGUGGAGGACCUGAUUAUCAAGACUGUACUUUCUGCUGAGCUGUUCAUUGCUGCAGCCUGUAAAACUUUUCUUUCUCAUCGCGGCAGCUGCUUUGAGCUGUAUGGUUUUGAUGUCCUUAUUGAUACCACUCUCAAGCCCUGGCUAUUGGAAGUGAACUUAUCCCCAUCGCUGGCCUGUGAUGCUCCAUUGGACCUGAAGAUCAAAGCUAGCAUGCUCUCAGAUAUGUUCACCCUUGUAGGCUUCGUAUGCCAGGAUCCAGGCCAGCGGUCAAGCCGGGCAGUUUAUCACUCAUCUGAAUCUGUCAGGAGAAAUCCAUACCAGAAGCCUCAGCGUCCUGUGUCUGCGCAGUCCCGACCAACAAACACCAGACUGCGUGCCCGUCCUCUGUCUGCCAGUGAUGCUGAAAUGAAAAACCUGAUGCCCUCAGGCAGGGAGAAAGCCACAGGAAGGCAAGGCAGCUCUGUGCUGGGUCUCUCCAUGGAGGAAAUAAAAGUUCUUCGUCGCGUGAGAGAGGAGAAUGAGCGGAGAGGAGGUUUCAUCCGAAUAUUCCCUACCCCAUCAACAUGGGAUCUUUAUGGAUCCUUCUUAGAGCACAAGACAACAAUGAACUACAUGCUGGCUACACGGCUGUUUCAGGACAGGUAGAAAGCUGUUGGAUUUGGGAGGGAGGCAGGGGACACAUACAUUCUUAAUGGAAAGCUGGAUAUGAAGUUGGAAGCUGUGGAUUCUAAUGCUCUCCUGUAUGAGAGGAAGCUUAUUUCACUGGAGUUACGGAAGCGCAGGCGAUGUCAUGGCAAGGCACGAAGAGCACGGAUGAGAUUGUCAGGGACAUCAAAACCCACAAAGCUACCUGUCAAGUCAGAUACAGAGGGUGAGGAGGAAGAGGAGGCAGAUGAAGAUGAAGAUGGAACUGCUAGCUCUCUUUCGGGGACACAGGUGAAGAGCAAGACAAAGCUCUCUGAACUGGUAAAAGCUGGUUGCCAAGAGAACAUAGUGAAAAAACUUGACAAGAAAACUGGAGAGAGAGAGUUGUCUCCUGAAAAACCACAGCCAGAAUCUCAGUUUAACUUGUUGCAGAUUCUUCAAGAAAAUGGAAACUUAAGCAAAGUGCAGGCUCGCAGAGCUUUCUCUGCCUACCUGCAGCAUGUUCAGUUGCGACUCAUGAAGGAGGUCGGUGACCAGAUCCAGAAUGCUGCCUGGGCUGCCAAAGAGGAUGAGCAGAUGGAACUCGUGGUGCGCUUUCUGAAGCGAGCAGCCAGCAACCUUCAGCACUCCUUGAGGAUGUUGCUUCCCAGCCGCCGCCUAGGCCUAAAUGAUCGGCGACGCAUCCUGGCCCGCCAGCUGGGCGAGUUCAUAGUCUGCUAUAACAAGGAAACAGAGCAGAUGGUUCAGAAACGAUCAAAAAAGAAACGGGAAGAGGAGGUGGAGGAGGGAGUGAAUGCUGAAGGUUUUCAGAACUUUAUUACAAGGGCAAGUGAGAGUGACCUGGAAGAAGUGCUGACAUUUUACACCCACAAAAACAAGUCAGCAAGUGUUUUUCUAGGAACAAAUUCUAGAACCCCCAAAGCGAGCAACAGCAUUAACCACUCAGAGAUUCAGCAUCAAGGAGAACGUCCUGAAGUAAUGAAAGAAAUAAAAGGUGAUCAUGCCCAAAGUUCAGUUAAUCUGCCUGCCGAAGAAGCAGUAAGAGGCUAUAAACCCAAAGAAGUUAAAUCAACAACUCCAGAAGAAUCCACCUUAAAUGCUGAAGUGAAAUUACCUCGCUGUGGCCCUGCUAGUGCUUCCUCCUCUGUUCCAGAUGCCACUUCCCAGAGAAAUACCAGCUCCCAGUUACCAUCUCAGUCUGCAGCCUCUGCAAGUCCACAGAUGCCUGGUCACUAUACAUUGCUGACUCCUCCAGUUGGUCCUAGACUGAUUCAGUCCCCAUCUUCCUCACCUCCUCAGACCCAGAGCACAGCCCCUGACAGCUCUACUGUCUUCACAAACACAGUGUCCAGUGAGGCCUCUGGCCUUUCAGGGUUGCAUCAUUGCCGUUAUGGUAGCUACACUGUUAAUCCACUCUCGUCUCUUCAGAGAGCUGCUCAGAUCUACAGCCAAAGAUUGUCCCAACCAUCCUCUGCAAAAGCAGGUUUGUGCCGUCGCAGUCCAAGUAGACAGCGUGUGGGCUCAACCAGAAUGCAGAAAGAUCCAGAGGAUGCCUCUUGCCAUGGCAAGCAUUAUAGCCCUAGCAUGGUAGCAGCAGAACUACAGCAGCUGUCAGAAAAGCAGGCAACCCGUCAGUACUCUCCGCUGAGCCACAUCAGCCUCCUUACCCAGCAG